UUCGUUUUCUGGAUCUAGGGUUUCUCUUCUGAUUUCGACGACCUGUUCUCCAAAUUAUCAUCUUCACGAUCAUCACCAUCAUCAAAACCCUAGCUAGCACCGCACCAAUUACAAAAAGGGAUCACCAGUUACCUAUCACGCAAACCGAGGAGGUCGGGGUUUUUGAAUUGUUCAUCUUCAAUUCUUCGUCAUCACCAUCACCAUCACCAACACCACCAUCAUCAAUCACGGAUCUAAUAUUUUCCCUGGAAACAAAAGUGCCUAAAUUUUUUUUAUAUCUCUGAUAAUGCAAAAAUCGGAUGAAUCUAAAGCAUUCUUGAACGACGAUGAAUACUUUUCCUGGUGAAAGAAACUCUGAUACAAAUUCUUGAGUUUACUUACACAACUUUUAUGAAAGGCUAAUACCGAGUUUGUGAUUGGAAGGAGGAAAUAUGUAUAAAUCGGUGGUGUAUCAAGGGGAGGUGAUAUUGGGGGAAGUAGAAAUAUACCCAGGAGAGAACAAGAACAUCGAUGUGAAGGAAAUCAGAAUAAGCCACUUCUCGCAACCGAGUGAGAGGUGCCCACCACUUGCCGUGCUUCAUACCAUUACCUCAUGUGGUGUUUGCUUCAAAAUGGAGUCAAAGACCCUGCAGGCACAAGAUGCGCUCUUUCAUUUGCAUUCCUCGUGUAUCAGGGAGAACAAGACUGCUGUAAUGCCACUAUGUGGUGAAGAAUUACAUUUGGUUGCAAUGUAUUCGCGAAGUAAUGACAGACCGUGUUUCUGGGGAUUUGUUGUCGCACCAGGACUUUACAAUUCAUGUCUAGUCAUGUUAAAUCUGAGAUGUCUGGGAAUAGUGUUUGAUCUCGAUGAAACUCUUAUU